AUGUCUGCGUCAACAGCAGAGGUGGAAAGGCCAGCACCGCGUGAGGGGAUGCCGCGCGAGGUGGUGGCGUGGCUGCGCAGUCUGCACCUCCCACGUGCGGUGCGGAACCCAAAGCGCGACUUGUCCAACGGUUUUCUCGUCGCCUUCAUCUGCUCGCGCUACUGGAGCAGCGUCAGCAUGCACUCCUACGAAGACAAACUGAGCGUGGCAAAUAAACGUAGCAACUGGGACAUGCUGCGCAAGCAGUUCGCAAUAAACAAGUGUCCGGUGAGCGAUCGCAUGAUCGAGGGACUGAUAGCGUGCCGUGACGACUACGCCAACUCCUUCCUGCGGCAGCUGUACACACACCUGACGGGCCGCGUCGUUGUCGAAGCGCUACCGCUGCCUGCGGAGGAAGUGGCACCGCCCCAGACGUUUGUGCCACAACCGUCGGUGCAGUCACUGCCAACAAUCAGCGUGGAGGCGGUUGGCUCCUGCUCUAACAAUGCAAGCCCCGCGGCGGCGCGUGUGCGGGAGCUGCCGGCGUGUAGCAUCGCUGCGCUGAAGGUGUCUGAGCGCAUCCCACCCGUUGCAGUAGCGAAUAAUCACGUCAUUCGCGCCAUUGUGAGUGACGACGCGAGCGUUGCGGCGUCUGGAAACGGUGAGAACGGCACCAAUGAAUCUUGCGAAGGCCGUGACGGCAACGAAAACGCCAAGCCACCGAUGGGAUUCUCCGUCUCACUGCGCCGCGCAGAUGUGCGGCAAACUGUGGUGCAUGAAACAGCCAGGGAUGACAAAAAGAAGCCGCUACAGCAGCAGCAGCAGCAACAACAGCAGCAACGGCAACCACAGUUUGGUGAGGCGCAUCUCAUGCCAGAUGACGCGACAGCAAUGGAUCUCAUCGAAUCCAUUGUACGCGCCCAGGCAGCUGGGCAGGAAUGGAAGUGCGCUCGUGACGGGCCCACUGCCUUCACGGAGUAUUUCCUUCACGAAGAGGCAGCACUCAGCGUGCUGCUUCAAUGCCGUGUGUGGAGUGCACUUUUCACCAGUGUUGACGAGCUGGUGGAGCGAGUCUUUCGUCAAGGCGGUUCUCUCGCGAAGAUCACCGCGCUCUUUUUGCAGAGCCCACCAUCGCCCCCAAAGCAACAGGGGCAACAGGAGCGGGUGCCGUCGAGCGGUGGGACUGCAAGUGAGUCAUGGAAGGAGCGGUCACAAUACGAGGGCCACGCAAUGGGGAAGCGCUACACUUUUGUCGCGUCUCUGCUCGCGAGUAUAUCCGAUAGCGAUGCUUUCCUUGCCGUCUCUGUGUAUAGCGAGGAUGUACUGCCGUACGCCAAAGAGGCGAUGCGUUCGCUCGACUGUGCCACCGCCGAUGGCUACGCCGCGCUGCUCUGUGCAGCGGUACCAGCAAACCGCAAGUUGGCGGCGCGGCUGUUGCCUAACGUGCUCUCUGCCGCGUACGAGGCAAUAACUCAGUCAAGCAGCGUGGAAGCAAAGCGCAGUUUCUACCUGCUCCUGCGCGCUGUGCUGCUGCGCCUCGCUCGCGGUGUGUGGCGCGGCUCUGUGUCCGCAUCGUCGCGGCGCUCAGUGCCUGAAAUGGCCACAUCGUCGCUGGGCGGCCAUGACCCACUUGCCGUUUCCAUUUUCCCCAUUGCCGGGUACAACGUCGUGGCCGCCCUCUCACACGAGUCGCCAAGAGUGCGUCUUGUCGGCGCCCACCUUGCGGGGGCACUCGCGUCCUCUGAAUGCCCACUAUCAAUGCUGUUCGGCACAGUCCUGCCGAUGCUGAACGCGUGUUGCGCGAACGCCUCACCGCUGUUCAACUGCGUGUGUGCCGCGUGGCUGCAGACCGCCAUGAAACGACUCAGACCUCACCAGAGCGAGAAGUCAUUAAGAACACCAGUAGCAGCAGCAGCAGCAGCAGCAGAUAGGCAAGCGAGCACCGAGAGGGAGGAAGAGGAGAAAGAAGAGGCAGAGCUGCGCGUGCGAGCGCUGCCGCAGUUGGCGACCAUGAUGCGUCAUUUGUGUGGCAUCCUGCUUGGGCCCGGGGCACUGAAUGUGCAGUCGUACAUCGCUGAGCAGCUGGCGCUGUGCCUCGAUGACAUCCCCACCGACGAUGAUGACGCGCGGCAGCUGUUUCACCCUGAAGAGGUCGCGGCAUGUGUUUUUUGUAUCUUCCAGGCCGCCCCACCGGAGCUUCUCACGACGUUUCUGUCGCCGCCGUCAUCGGCAGAGGCGGAAUCACAUCAGCAGACGAAUCGCAUGGCGCGGUGCGUGUCGACACAGGUUGGCAGCGCGCUGUUGGGGCCGCUGCGAAUCAACGGCGCCCUGCGUGACUGCUACCCGCUUGCACUCGCAGAGGCCAUCGUUGCGGUGUCGCCACCGGAGAGCAACCUGUCGUCGCCGCCAGUAGGCGAGCGGGGUGGCAGCGGUGGCGGCCGUGCCAGCAGCGUUGCCAGCGUGGGCGGAGUGCAGGCGUUGACGCCGCGUCAGGUCAUGGCGAGGGCAACAGCGCUGCUGCGGGAUCGUGCCGUGCCGGAGGAAACGGCUCGCCGCAUCAGGUGGUUGUACCGAAUUAUUGUCGCCAGUAGGAGAGGCGCUGAAGUUGCGGGGAGACCCGCCUCACUUACUGAGGCCGCGGUCACGCAGCGGUGGAAUGCCGUUAUGCGUCAGAUGUACCGUGACAUUGCUGUGCUGGCCGCCGCGGCUGAGAUGAUCUUCUCGCAGAAGGGCGCAUUAGCCGACGGCGCGUCGAACGCCAUUGCGCAGAUGGCGGGCAUGGCGCAGCAGGUGGUGUUGUGGUGGUACACCGAGCUGCACAAGGAUGAUAUGUCGCUGCCGAAGUCAAGUGACUGCGCUCUUGACUCGGCGGAGCGGCUGGCAGGGGCAAUGCGGUGGUACCACAACACCUUUGGCGAUGCCACAACGCGGGGCCAAUCGCCACCAACACAACCACCACAGCAGCAACAGCGGCAUUCCUUGGCGUCUAAGCGUAGCAUGCACCGAGGGACGUCUUAG